AUGUCUGGCAAAACAGCUAGCACGUCCAACAACAUCGCCCAGGCCCGCCGGACCGUCCAGCAGCUGAGGAUAGAAGCCUCGAUAGAGAGAAUAAAG